AAGGGCAUCAACUCCUGUAUAAAUACCAUGUGCAAUAUCACGAAGUUGUGCAACUUCCUAAAACUUCACUUGCUCUAAAUUAAGCUUAGCAGCUGAGAGAGACUGCACAUUUUUAUUGCUGUCUUUCUCCCCCUUCAAACUUAAUACAGAAACGUGGAUACAAAAAUCCUCUCCCUCCGGGAAUACGGUGUCAUAUACUCCCACUUGCCGGAAAGCUAUGUCAGACCAGAAUCCGACCGGCGUCGCUUGUCCAAAGACUCCGAAUGCAAAAACAUUCCCGUUGUUGACCUGGCUUCUCCCAACAGAGCUCAAACUGUGCAGCAAAUUGGUGAUGCCUGCAAAAAUUAUGGUUUUUUUAAGGUUAUUAACCAUGGGGUGUCAACAGAAGGAGUGGAAAAAAAUGAUAGGGGUGGCCAAUGAGGCAUCACCAAUUUGCUGCACAGUUUGGGCUCUGUUGGGAGAAGCCAGGUCAAUAACGGGAAUGUUCUCGUACUCGGAGACUUUGGACAAGCGAUGCCGGUAGGAUUCUGGUCUGACAUAGCUUUCCAGCAAGUGGGAGUAUGUGACUCCGGAGGGAGAGGAGUUUUGUAUCCAUGUUUCUGUAUUAAGUUUGAAGGAGGAAACAAAGACGGCACUAAAAAUUGCGCAGUCUCUCUCAGCUGCUAAGCUUAAUUCCGAGCAAGUAAAGUUUUAGGAAGUUGCACAACUCAGUGAUAUUGCACAUGGUGUUUAUACAGGAGUCGAUGCCCUUAAAGUCAUAGAUUCACCAUUGUCUUGUAGGCUUUGGUCCGGCAGCCAAUCUUUAUGUGACGCUUGAUGUGGGAUAAUUGGACAGCGAAGUUGCUUAUAUGUAAAAACUACCGACAAUCAAAUUAUUAAUUAUGUCUUAUUUUCUAUCUUUA